AUGACUACUAUAAUGAGUAAUGAUUUUAUAAAUUAUAGUUCUAUAAAUACAACCUUUAGUCUAUGGACUAGGGUAAAAUGUCAAACUGGUCAAUCAUACAGAUCAUUGGCAUUUGACUUUCAGAUUUCACAUUGCACAAUAUCAACCAUUGUAAAAGAAGUUGUUUCAAGUACCGGUGAAAAACUUGUACCAGUACUUUUACCUUCACCAACAGAAACUUGUUUUAAAUCUCGGGCACUAGAGUUUUGGGAACGCUGGAAUUUCCCAAAUUGCGUAGGCGCCAUCGAUGGGAAACAUGUUCAAAUUGUAUGUCCAAAAAAAUCAGGUUCCCUAUUUUUCAAUUAUAAAAAUUACUUCUCCAUAGUUCUACUAGCAAUAGUUGAUGCAAAGUACAAGUUUUUAGCCAUCGAUGUAGGUUCGUAUGGAAAAGAAGGCGACAGCGGCAUUUUUUCUAAAUCAUCAAUAGGGAAACGAAUUUAUUCUGAACAGUUUGGGCUACCUCAAGCUUCUCAACUUCCAGGUUCCAACAAGUGUUUGCCAUUUGUCAUUGUUGGUGAUGAAGCCUUUAGGCUUCAUAUUCAUAUAAUGAAACCAUACAAUAGAGCUCAAGCAAAAUAA